AUGGGACUACCACCUCCAACGGAACAAACCCUCCUCCUCACCGGUGUCUCUGGCUUCGUGGCUUCACACAUUACUCGCGCUUUUCUGGAGGCAGGCUACAAAAUCCGGGGAACUGUUCGAUCGGAAAAAUCAAUUCCCGGGAUCCAGAAAGCCCAUGCGCCGCAUGUCGAUCAACUUUCGUUUGUCGUUGUACCCGACAUGGCGGCUCCCCAGGCUCUCCAUGAUGCGGCACAAGGUGUCACGGGCGUUAUCCACACAGCGAAUCCCUUCAUCCUCCAGCCAAAAGACAAUGAGAGUGAGCUCUUGAAGCCUUCUAUUGGAGGUGUCUUGAACGCACUUGAAGCCGCUGCAGCUCAGGACCUCCGCCCCGGGUACACCUAUACGGAAGCCGAUUGGAACCCGGCCACGUAUGAAGAAGCCAAAAAUUCGUCGAAUGGCGCCUUUUCUUACUGUGCAGCAAAAGCUCUCGCCGAGAAGGCUGCAUGGGAAUGGAUGGAGUCCCAUAAACCAUCCUUUAAUUUGACCAGCAUCUGUCCGCCUUGGAUUUUUGGCCCAUCCAUCAACGGAAUCAAGUCUCUUGAUCAUCUAAACGAGUCCACCGAAACAAUCUGGCCCCUGGUUGAUGGGUCGAGGAAAGAGGUCCCCCCGGUGGAAUUUGGAGGCUUUGCAGAUGUGAGGGAUGUCGCGCUGGCUCACUUAAGAGCAUACGAGAGCGAGGAAGCUGGCGGACAAAGAUUCCUGGUGGGUAAUCACUUUGACUAUCAGACCGCUGUCGAUUUGCUCAGAGUUGAUUUCCCCGAAAUCCUGGAUCGCAUUCCCGAAGGUACUCCAGGGCUUGGGUUGAAGACACCGAUGUAUGAGGUGAACGGUAGCAAGGCGCGCAAGGUCUUGGGUAUUGAAUAUACGCCACUCAAUACGACCCUCAAGGACACCGUCGCGGAUCUUCUGAUGGCAGAGAAGAUAUUGAAAGUAUAG